CCACGUUGGUGGAAGAAGAGGACGACGACUCGUCGGUGGCCAGCUCGCCAUUCGAUGACGGAGGCUUUUUGGACAGUUUAGACUCCGUGGGCGGUGCUGCCGGCGAUAGUCAGGAAUCAUCGUCAGCCGCUGUCUCAGCUGUUGUGGAGGGUCACCCGUUUUCCCCAGGAGCAGCCACGGCAGCAACUGCAACAACGGAAGCGACAACUGCACCGGAUGAGCCGCCCGACCUCAGCGUGGCAGGUCCGUCAAUGAGCAGCGGAGAGCAGCAUGGCUAUCAGCUGCGAAGACGCAUCCCGCAGCCUCCAAACGCGUUCAUGCUGUUCGCAAUGGAGAACAGGCGAUCAGUGGCUGCUGAGAACCCUAACGAGGACAACCAGCGUGUGAGCACCCGACUGGGUAAAUUGUGGCGUUCUCUCAGCGCGGCCGCUAAAGAAUCUUAUCAGCGCAAGGCGGCCGUAGCAGCAGCAAUCCACCGAAUCAAAUAUCCUGGCUACGUCUACAACCCACGCGAGGCACACCGACGCAAGGAGCAGGCGCGCAUAGCCAAGGCGAUUGCCAGCAAAGUGAAGCAGGAGCCUUCGGACGACCAGGAGCUGGAAGCACAGAGCACCUCUGCAUCCCUAGGUCCAAGUACUCCUGCAUUGCAGAACCCACCGCGGCUUCCGCAGUCACCUCCCCCGCUGCCACUCCAGCUCAGGCGGUGGGCAACCACUGCUACCCUGGCCAGCACUCAGGCCGACGCUCGGACAACGCCAACUGGCAGGUCGACGGCUGCCGCACCAUCCACCACGUCGGCUGGACCAGUUGCACGGCCAUACUGCGUAACGGUGCUGUGCUGGCCAGUUAUUGCGGCUGCCGCACCUCCAGCCCUGGCUCCACCACUGCCCUAUCUGCUGCCCGUGGCCGUGGCUCCUGCAAUGGUCGGACCCCACUUUGCCUUGCCAGGUCCACAGAUGCAACUCCCCAGGCCGGAAGUACCAGCCAGACCUGGUCCGGUGCAGUUCUUCUACAUGAUGCAGCAUAUUGCCUUUCUAACAUACUUCAAGCGAUUUGCGUCCAAAGGUUUACAUGUGGCGCCCUUCGCCGAGCAGCCCGAGCAGCAGAGGAACACCGCCACUGCCACCAGGAGGGCACCGACCGGAACCGCGAUGCCGAAUAUGGCCAGUCGCCAACAGCGAAUUGCAGGUCCAGAAAUCUUAACUGCUGCAAGAAGCAGGCAGACAUCCGACUACAACAGCGCUUAUGUGCUUGACUUCAGCGCAUGA